AUGGAUCUCCAGUUCAUUCCCGCCCUCUUCACCCCGUCCGAGCUGCUCCCAAUUGCCAGGCAUCGAGACAGCCUACUAUACACCAUCGAAACCCACCAAGUCACUGUGCUGGUCGGCCAAACAGGCAGCGGCAAGACUACUCAACUCCCUCAAUACCUAGAGCAAGCAGGAUGGUGCGACAGCUGGAAACGCAUUGCAGUCACUCAGCCUAGGCGAGUGGCAGUCACCACCCUUGCUACCCGCGUCGCCGAAGAAAUGAAAUGUCAGAUCGGGGAAAAGGUCGGAUAUUCGAUUCGGUUCGAAGAUGUGACCUCUCCGGAGACCAGGAUUAAGUUCCUCACCGACGGCAUGCUAUUGCGUGAAGCCUUGGUUGACCCGCUGUUGUCAAGAUAUUCUGUCAUUAUGGUGGACGAAGCUCACGAACGGUCCUUGAGUUCGGACAUCUUGCUGGGCCUCCUGAAGAAGAUCAUGAAGCGUCGACCGGAGUUGAGGAUCGUUGUCAGCAGCGCCACCCUUGAAGCUGAGCGAUUCGCCGACUUUUUCAGGGGCGACGACAGUUCCAGCGAACAGUGUCGAAUUGUCAGCAUUGAGGGUCGGACGUACCCUGUUGAUAUCCUGUAUCUCGAUCAACCAGCGGAUGACUAUGUCGACAAGGCUAUUCAGACUGCCUUUACCAUCCACCAACAAGAACCUGCAGGGGACAUCCUCGUGUUUCUGACCGGUAGGGAGGAGAUUGAAAUCGCCAUGCAGAAGUUGUCCGACCUGGCUUCGACGCUGCAUCCACAAGCCCAGGCCCUUCAACCCCUUCCGCUGUACGCAGGACUCAGUUCGGAAGACCAAUCGUACGUCUUCUACGAAGCCGCGGAAAAUACGCGAAAGGUGAUUCUCAGCACAAACAUUGCGGAGGCAUCGGUCACUAUCUCUGGCAUUGUCUAUGUCGUCGAUUGUGGAUUUGUUAAACUCCGCUCUUUCAAUCCCACCACAAACAUAGACAGGCUUGCUCCUUUCCCGGUGUCCAAAGCUUCUGCCACCCAACGAGCUGGCCGCGCAGGCCGCACCAGACCAGGGAAGUGCUUCCGACUAUAUACAGAGCGUGCAUACCAGUCUCUACCUGCCACGACCACACCUGAAAUUCAACGCUCGAACCUUGCACCGGUAGUUCUUCAGCUGAAGGCGCUGGGAAUCGAUAAUAUUGUCCGCUUCGAUUUCCUAUCGCCACCGCCCUCUCAACUACUCGUCCGCGCUUUCGACCUCCUCUACUCGUUGGGCGCGAUCGACGAAUACGCAAAGCUGACCUCGCCCCUGGGGACACGUAUGGCGGAGCUCUCCAUACCGCCGAUGAUGGCCAAAUGCUUGCUGGUAUCCUCCGACCCAAGGUUCAAUUGCCAAAGUGAGAUGCUCACCAUAGCCGCCAUGACUUCGCUCGAGGGCAACGUCUGGUUCCACCAUUCCGGCGAGAAGAAAGCAAUGGAUCUGUCGAGGAAGAAAUUUGCAGCCGAGGAAGGCGAUCACCUCACUCUACUCAACGUCUACCAAGCCUUUGUGGCCCAGGGAAAGAAAGAAGCACGGUGGUGCCAUGAUCAUCAUCUAAAUUUCAAGUCGAUGCAGCGAGCUGUGAGUGUUCGCAACCAGCUACGACGAUACCUGGAGCGCCUGGGGGUCAAAGUUCAGGAGUCGCUAUCAACCUCCAAGCCGCCCCACCUCUCGACUGUGCAACCCACAAAUACAGACAAGUCGACCCAUAUCCUCCAAUGUCUUGUGACUGGCUACUUUUCGCAAGCCGCCAAGAUGCAGCCUGAUGGAAGCUUUCGGUCGGUGUCGGGCAAUGUUGCCAUGUACGCGCAUCCAACAAGUCUGCUGUUUAACCGCAAGGCCGAGUUUGUCGUGUUUCAUGAGGUCUUGGAGACCGGAGCCAAGGUGUAUAUGAAAGAUCUUAGCAAGGUGGAGAAAGGGUGGCUGGUGGACUUUUCGGGGGGCUAUUAUGAGAAGAAACCGUGA